CUUUUUUCCAUAUAUCAUGCAACUGAGUAGAACCCUGUAAAUCAAUGUAUUAGUGUUGUUACGUAUAUAUCAUGUCCGAGAGAAGUUUGAGGAAAAGAUCCUCUGCUCUAGCAAUUGGUGAAGAAUGUCAUAGUAAGAAAUUACGCCAAAGCAACCUUUUUGAACAAAACAAGUGCCUCUUUUGUGAAAAAGAUCUGAAAUAUCUCAAAGGAAACACAAAAGAAUCAUUAACAAAAUGCCAAACAGACAACGCUUCAACAUCAAUAAUAAAUGCAGUGAAAGCCCAAGAAGACUGGACUUUACAUGCAAAAAUAGGAGGACGCUGUUUGAUAUCAGCAGAAGCUUGGUACCAUAAUACCUGUAGAAGAAAUUACUUGUGCAAGAAAGUACGAACGAUAAAUGAAGAGGGAAAGGUUUUAAUAACAUCAUUUGACUUCAUAUGUAAGCAUAUAGAUGAACAUGUCCUUCAAACCGAUGGAGUUGAAACACUUGAACAUGUCCAUGAGCUGUAUCAGGCACAUAUGAAGGAAAACAAUCUGAG